AGACCUUCUUGGGUCGGUCCACAGCACGCAGCACAGCCAACCACACACGCAUCUUCCACAAUGGCACAGAAACACGAGAUCCACUACAGCCAUCCUGGCCUGCAGCCUCCGGUUUUCAUCGCCGGCUCCAUGUGCAAUUGGGAACCGAUAGAGAUGAAGCACAAAGAGAAGGAUGAUGGUGAACUCAACUUUGAGCACGAGUUCGAAGUAGACCCCGGAGAGUACCAAUACAAGUUCCGCCUCGGUCCUGGUGACUGGUGGGUGCUCGAUGAGACCAAGCCAACUGUCGACGACGGAACUGGCAUUCGCAACAAUGUCCUCGUCGUAAAGCCAAAGCCCGCAGAACCAGCAACGACAAACGCUCCCAAAGCACCGGCUGUACAAACUACUCAGGAAGAGCACAAACCAGCGUCGACACAAGUCACGGAAACUCAAGACAAGCAUACUGUCCAAGUUCCAGAUGGUAAUGGUGAGAGUGACAGGGAGGACGAAGACGUCGACAACGGUGACGAACAAGACUAUGAGCCCCCACUCUUCGAACACGAAGCUGGUCCCGAUCAGCGCGUCGACAGCCAGCACGCACCGCUGUUCCGUCAUGAGAGCAUGUCUCCAGUCAUGUCCGCAACCUCGUUCUCACCUUCAACUCGCAAGCAACGCAAGCCUGCUUUCGAAGACGUCAACGACCCAUCUCUUGAACCUUUCCCUGUCGAUGAGGCUGGCAUUCAAGCUCGUCUUCACCGUGUCGCAACACGAAAUCUUGAUGAUGAAGUUGUGUUCGAAGGAACACCUCCCUCGCCU